AUGAACGAAACUGCGAAAAAAAAAGUGAAUUAUUCGGUAAGCGAGAAAAGCUUAUUGCUUAGUAUUGCCCAACGUUUUAAAAACGUUGUCGAAAACAAGAAAACUGACGCAGUUACCUGGAGGGAAAAAGACUCUGCAUGGGAGAAAAUAGCGGAGAUUUUCAGCUCAAAAUCCACAGGAGUAUUACGGACGAGAGAUUCCUUGAGAAAGCUUUACGAAAAUUUAAAAAAAAAUGUUAGGAAACAGGUGGUUGACGAAAAAAAACUACUUAUUUGUACUGGAGGAGGGCCACCACCUGCUAAGAAACCAAAGGCUGAAAAUGAUUUAAAGGAACAAAUAUUAUCUAUUGUUAACAGUAAGACUGUUUAUGGUCUACCAAGUAUUGUCGAUGGAGAUGCUGUGAAGGAGAAUAGAGAUAAAUCACCUCAGCCAGGCUGCAGCAAAGACUUCUACCAACUAGACACUGAUCAUGAUUAUUUCUCCUUCGAUAAUGAAAAUGAAGUUAUAGUUGUGGAAACAUCCACUCCUAGAAAGGGAAUAUUAGUGAAUACUGAUCAGAAUACAGAACCACAAAACAAUAAAUACCAAAAACAUGAAUCCUGCCAGAAAUUUGCUGCCACCACAAAUGAAGACAGCAUUAUAAUGGAAAAAUCAAGCAAGGAUAUUAACAUCUUUAAAACAAAAAAAGAUGAUGCUUUACAUGUGGACUCGCAUGUGGAUGGAUGUAGUGCAUGGGGUUCCAGAAGAAAACCUGCAAUGAAGGAAACUGGUGGGGCAGAUUUAAAAAGAGAAUACUCUUCCUUGGCUAAGGCAAAAUUUGAAUUAUACUCGGAGGAAUUGAAACUAGCUAAAAGUCGAAUAAAAAGGGAAGAAGAACUCCACGAACUUAAUAAAGAGAGCCUUAAUUUAGAAACUGAGAAAAAACGGUUGGAGAAAAACCACUUCAAGCAUUUGUUGUAG